UCGCUUUAACUGGAGGCUACGGGCGCGUGCCAGCAACUCGCCCCUCCAGGCUGUCCGCCUCUUGCGCGCGUGCACACGCGCGAGACUCUUCUCUCUCCCCCCUCUCCGUACCCCGGCAAAACGGGUCUGGGCCCACACCAGCGCCCCGCGGCCGUGGGACCCUCUCCAGCAGUAGGGAGGAGAACGGCGCUGGGCCAAGCUCAGCUUGAAGCUUUGCACCGAGGGGCGGUGCGGAGCGAGGGAGAAGCAACCAGACUCGUCCCUUGGCCAAAAAGCAAACAAAGCAAAAAGCGCCGAGCGAGAUCCGACCGCCUCUAAAGGAGAGCCAAGAUGUUCGUGAAGCCGGAGAGCCUGGAGCUGAAGGAGGAGGAAGCCUUACUGCUUGGAGCGCGGUCUCCCCCCGCCUCUUCCUCCUCCUCCUCCUCUCUCACGCCCUUCUCCUCCGGCUCCGAGGGGGAGGACGACGACGAGGAGGAAACGUGCCGCCCUCUCUCCCCCUCGGGGCCAGCGGACGACAGAGCCGGAGAAGCCUCCGAGUUAGCGCGUUUGCGCCAUCUCGGCUUGAGGACACAGGAAUGCAAGAGGCGGCCCGGGCGAGCGCGGAACAAUCCUCGAGCCACCAAAACGGUAGAGACGGUCCAGCGGCUGAAGAAGAGCCGCCGCCUGAAGGCCAACAAUCGCGAGCGGAACCGGAUGCACAACUUGAACGCGGCGCUGGACGCCCUGCGCGAAGUGCUGCCCACUUUCCCCGAGGAUGCGAAACUGACUAAGAUCGAGACGCUGCGCUUCGCCCACAACUACAUUUGGGCGCUCAGCGAGACUCUCCGCUUGGCCGAUCACGGCGGCGGAGGGGCAGCGGUCUUCUCCGAGGCGGUCCUGGGAAGCGCGAACUGCAGCCCUUCUCCAGCCUCCUCCUGGAGCUGCACCACCAGCCCCGCUCCCUCGGCCGCCUCUUCCACGUACAGCUGUACUUUGUCGCCCUCCAGCCCCGGCAGCUCCGCCUCGGAGCUGGACUACUGGCAGCCAGACAAGCCUCGCUAUGCGCUGUCCAGGGAUUUGAUCUGACGCCCGGUUGAGUCCCCCACCAAGCCCCGUCUGUUCCCCAUGCAAAAGUGUAGCGAUCGCGCUCUCAGGGUUGCAGGGCCGCUGAGCUUAUCUUAGCGCGCUCAAAACAAAACGAAACAAGCGAACAGGGUCAGGGCCUGGCACGAACAUGGGAGCAGAUCCGCCAGUCCGGAGCGGCGGGCGCGCCGGAGGCCUCCGGCAACUGGCACAUGCGGCCUGCCUCACCCCUCGGACUUCUCCUAGAGAUGUUCUUGGCUCGGCUCUGUCCUCCCCUCUCUUUCACUAUAUCAGCUCCCCAUUUGCGAAGCGUGGCGGCAUCUGCUUGCUUCCCAUUGCCCGCCUGGAGGCUGUGGGAAUUUCACCAGCCAAACCAAACUUUCUCUUUCUGAUGUGCACUUUCCCACAUUGGCCAGGCACAAUGUCCUUUGUUUCAUCUUUCUCCCUCUGACACACUCACUCACGCGCACACUUUUUUCUCAGCACCCUCUUCCCCCAUUUUGCCAUCUGUCUCCUAUGACUGGCUGGAUGGAAAGAGAAAAUAAAAGUGCUGUUUGUUUGUUUGUAGAUCAGGUUAGAAGUCAUUGUAUAAUUUGUAGGCAUUUGUCAAGACUGAAUGCCAGCUUGGAA